CGUAUUUCAGUGACAUGAGGAACAAGCCCAGCUCAAGCCACGCAGGUUCGUUUCGGGUUGCGAAGACUUCUACCCACGGAAGUGACGGCGAGGUGGCGAUGGCGGCUUGCUGUUCGAUUUCGGAUUUGCUCUGAACUAGAAGGGGUUUUAUGGUGACUGACUUUUUACUACGGUCUACCAAAUCAUUGCAUAUCGAUUAGAGCAAGCAGGCGGAGGGCUAUAUUAAAUGCGACGCCGAACCAUCCUUACACCACUUUUAUAUUUAACGAAGGUUUGAAUCUAACAAGCCGGAACACUACGUUAGCUUGCUGGCUCUCAAGCUAGCUUGCUAGUAAACGUUGGCUAGAUACUUGGUUGAAGUAGCUGGCUACAUUGGCGUUAGCAGGCUAGCUCACUGAAGCUAGCAUAGUCGUCAACAGAACAAUUUUGUGGAACGGUUUCGCGUUUUUUACUUGGUGGUUGGUGGUCAUAGUAUUUGGGCAAAUGUUGUACGUAUUUGAUAUUUUUAAUCGAGUGCCAAGCAGACGUCCAGAGGCACUCAUUCGACCAGUCUUCAACUGAACUGAGAACCGGCUGAGAGAGGCUUUGUAGGACAUUUUUGGAAGACUCUGAUCAAGUCUUUUAAAAAAGGGAUCAACUAAAAUAGCCCAUUUUGAGUUUUUUUCUGCUUGGAGUCUGGCGUGGAGUGUCAACAUGCUGAAGACUCGCCAGUGGCUGCUUGGUGUCCGCACUUUUCUCGGUGUGACGUCCAGAAUAUGGGGGUUUAUCAUGUACAUCCUCAGGAAGCAUUUACGUACGGUAAUCCAGUAUCAGACGGUGCGGUACGACACUUUACCGUUGUCUCCUAUCUCCAGGAACAGACUCAACGCAGUGAAGCGGAAGGUCCUAGUUCUGGAUCUAGACGAGACACUUAUCCACUCGCACCAUGACGGAGUUCUAAGACCCACAGUGCGACCCGGUACCCCUCCAGACUUCAUCCUCAAGGUAGUAAUUGAUAAACACCCAGUCCGGUUCUUUGUACAUAAAAGACCACAUGUUGACUUCUUUUUGGAAGUGGUUAGUCAGUGGUACGAGCUAGUGGUGUUUACUGCCAGCAUGGAGAUCUAUGGCUCCGCAGUGGCAGACAAACUGGACAACAACAGAGGGAUCCUGAAGCGCCGAUAUUAUAGACAGCAUUGUACGUUGGAUCUAGGUAGUUAUGUAAAAGACCUCGCUGUUGUACAUGAUGACCUAUCAAGUAUAGUUAUCCUGGACAACUCACCCGGGGCCUACCGCAGUCAUCCAGACAAUGCAAUACCAAUUAAGUCGUGGUUCAGUGACCCGAGCGACACUGCACUUCUAAACCUGCUGCCUAUGCUAGAUGCACUAAGAUUCACUGCAGACGUCAGGUCUGUCCUCAGUCGAAACCUCCACCAGCACCGGCUGUGGUGAUGGACUUGCAGACAGGGGGUGCCUCGCCUCGUCCCCACCCCUCCCCGGGAGCCUCCCUGUUUUCAUCCCAUCCUGCCCGGCUGCUGACUCAUCCCGCCCGCUCUCUCACACUGCUGACCUUUGACCUCCCCAGGAGUCCCCACAUCCUGGGAGGUCACAGGGAUCACAGACAGACACAUAAAGCAGGAUUGAUGGGAGCGGGGAGAGCAAACCCUGGAAUAUACUUUAGUUUUAUUUGUUUAUCCCUUUUCUUUUUGUCUCCUUCCUUUAAUGGAGUCCCGGCCUUACAGUUCUCUGGUUACAGACUUGUGUGCGAGGAGAAUGCGUGCCUACAUGGGAGUGUGGGAGUACGCUUGCUUUUGUAUAUUUUCUUUUUUGUGUGCGUGUGUGUCUUAUUGUUUGGCAACACCGUAUGGAAGGAUGGAUGCAAAAAAGAAGAGGAGAAGGAAUCUUUUUCAUUAUUACGCAUCAUUUUAAUAUUUUUCCUCCUUUUUUUGCUAGCUGUGGAACACAGCCGUGACAUCAUUGUUUUUGAAUGAACAGACUAAAUACGACUAUUAUGGUUCAUCAUAGUGUUGUCCACAAACCUUUGGAUUUGUAUGAAACAUCCUUGAGGACUUAAUUGACUGUUGUACCAGAAGAAUUAAGGCUUUUGCAGACUGAGUUGUGGGACUUUUAAAAAGAAAAAGAAAAAAAAGAGGUACUUUUAUGGAGAAAAUAAAUUACAAGGAAUAUGUGAGACGUAGACGUUGACUGCUGUACACGUGGGAAGUCGUGAGAAGAAUGAAGCUGAGACUCAUUUUCUUUUAAAGAUUUCUGUGAAAUGUAAUUCUCUAUGAUUGGUGUCUACAUCCAUCCUGGGCAGUCCUUGAAAUCUACUCUCUACUUGACUUGUAACACAUUAGGAGAAUGAUGAAAGGACGACAAAAAGGCAUGGAAAAGAAAAAGGAUUUUAAUCGGUUAAUGAAUGCCUUGUUUUGUUUCUGUUUUCCAGUCAUCUUUCUUUCUUCUCCCGGACAGGGGAACAGGGUUGACCCCCAACUGCAUACCUGACAGUGGGAAGACCCAUGCUCUCUUCCCCUGACAUUUGGUAGUAAAAUAACUUGAAUUUAUGGAACUUGCACUUCGUUGAUUUGUUGAACUGCUGACUGAGCAACAACUACCCACAGUCCCUCCUUUCUAUCUUUUUUUUUUUUUUUUUUUUUUUUUAAAACACCAACUUUAAAAACCCUCUCCUUUUACCUAUCAGUGUCGUCCGGACGCCAUUUGAACCAUUGUAGUCUUGAUGCUCAAGGCAGCUCGCUCAGGCCCAGUACACGGUUCUGUGCGUGGUACUAAUAAAACACGUCAGUAUCAUAA